AUGGUGUUCAAUGGUAAAACUGAGGAGAGGACGGCAAGGAAACCAUUACGAGGAGAGACUGUAUUUUCUCGUGUUGAAAAUCUAAACGUUACAUUCGGAAAAUUCAAAGCCUUAUUGUUGAACAUCAAGGGAAAGUCAAAAGACGAAAUUAAUGUUCGAGAAGACAUGGUUGAAAUGGGAAUUCUCCCCGAGCUUGCUCCUAUUAGGAAUCCUAGAAAACGUACGUAUCUGCCAGUAGCUUGUUAUACCAUGUCAAAGGAUGAGAAAACAAAAUUUUGUAAGUGCUUACAUGGUGUAAAGGUUUCAUCAGGCUAUUCUGCUAACAUUAAGAAGUUAGUGUCAAUGAAAGAACUAAAACUAUUUGGUAUGAAGUCCCAUGAUUGUCAUGUUUUAAUGGCACAUAUGAUUCCCAUUGCAAUUCGUGGAAUACUACCAGACCGCAUUCGACACACAAUCACAAAGCUAUGCUUGUUUUUCAACAUGAUUCAUUCUAAAGUUAUUGAUCCUGAGGUAUUAGAUUCAUGGGAAAGUAAUAUUAUCUUGACAUUAUGCCAACUCGAGAUGUAUUUCCCACCUUCAUUUUUUGAUGUCAUGGUUUAUCUAACAUCUCAUAUUGUUAGAGAGAUAAAGUAUUGUGGGCCAGUAUUCUUACGAUACAUGUAUCCAUUUGAGAGAUAUAUGGGCAUCUUAAAAGGGUAUGUAAGGAAUAGACAUCGACAAGAGGGUAGUAUUGUUGAAGGAUACGCAACAGAGGAGGUAAUUGAAUAUUGUACUGACUAUCUACAAGGUGUUUAUAGUAUUGGCAUUCCAAAAUCUCAACACAAGGGUAGACUUGUAGGGAGUGGGACAAUUAGAUUGAAAAAGAUCAUUCCAAAUCAAGAAGACUUACAACUUGCACAUUUUACAAUCCUACAACAUAUGACAAUCAUUGCUCCAUAUAUAAAUGAGCACAAAAGAACACUGGAAUUUUCAAAUCGUGGUAGGAGCAAUAGAUGGUUGGUUAACGAACAUAACAAAACGUUCUCACAAUGGUUAAAAGAUAAAGUGAGAGAUAGUGUGGAUCAAGUUGUAGUACAUCUAAGGAAUGGUCCUGAUGAUCUUGUUGCAACGUACCAAGGAUACAACAUUAAUGGUUAUACAAUUUACACUAAUCAACAAGAUGAAAUAUGGGAAUUGAAAUAUGAUUCCAUCAUUAUACCUAUGUUAAAAUGCAAAUGCGUUGACAACCAACGAGGUGUUAAAGUUGACAAUGAUGGUUUUACAGUUGUUGACCUUACCACAAACGGAUAUGUAUCAGAACCAUUCAUCCUAGCUAAACAAGCUACCCAAGUAUUCUAUGUUGAGGACCCAAGGGAAUCAGGAAAGCACAUCGUUAUGCAUAGCAAACGACAUAUACUUGGUGUUGAUGAUGUUGUGGACGAGGAAGAGUACGACCAGUUUGAUGAACUACCCCCAUUUAUUAUCGGCAUUGCAUCUUCAAAUGAUGAUGUCGAUGACACCACUUACUUACGGGCUUUUGAGACGUAUGAAAAGAACACAUCAAUUCCAAUUGUAUGGAAGCUCACUGAGUGCAACCAAGUCGGUGUAUUGGAAUGUGAGCUGAGUGGGCAUUAUGUAAUGAAUUGGAUCUUUGAUUUUGUGUUGAACAGACAACAUGGAUUUCAGAGUAGAUUUGGUACCCUUUGGAAUGACAAAACUGCAUUUGAGGAAAAGGCGUUGGUUACAACUGUUGCUACAUUGGCCAGAGAAUUUCUGAAAAAUUUUAUGAAUGAUGUUGUUGUUGUCUAA